CUUCCUCACAUGCCGCCACUCUUCUCUCCUCUCCUCCACUUCACCCACGCUGCCCGCAGCGCACGGUUGCUCGCGUUUUCUGCGCUCCGUGUGCGCUCCUUCAACUUCAACCUCUCCCCGCCUGUGCGGUCUCCACAAGACCACCCCCCUCCUCCACAUCCUCCUCCUCCUCCUUCUCCUCCUCCUCUUUCUCCUCCUCAUCCGUCGGACUUUUGACUUUUCAGAGCAGCUUUUCUUCCCACAGAGCUGUCGCCUAUUUUUGGAUCUCUCGCCGCGGUGGAGCGCUGAAACGGGGAGGCUGUUCAACUUUUGAUGGAAAACAGGAGGUCGAGCGGCUGCUGACUUUAAAGGUGAUAGUGAGCUGAGGUGCUGAGGAUGAUGGACCAUCUCAGCGAGUCGUGUCUGGGCAAGGAGAACUCGGAGCUACUGGUAGGCGGCCUGGCCGAAGCCAAGGCCCCGCCGGCCAAGCUGCCCCGGCUGGAGCAGAACGGCAGCCCCCUGGGCCGGGCCAGGCUGGGCAGCGCCGGGGCCAAGCUCGCCGGGAUCCCGUACAAACCCGCUGGCCACCUGCUGAAAGCCUGCCACAAGAGAGGCAACAUGCUGCCCGUGUUCUGCGUGGUCGAGCACUACGAGAACCCCAUGGACUUCGACAGCAAGGAGGAACAUGCCGAGUUCGUCCUGGUGCGCAAGGACAUGCUCUUCAACCAGCUCAUCGAGAUGGCCCUGCUGUCGCUGGGCUACUCCCACAGCUCCGCAGCUCAGGCCAAAGGUAUGAUUCAGGUGGGGAAGUGGAACCCCGUCCCGCUGUCGUACGUGACAGACGCGCCGGACGCCACAGUGGCCGACAUGCUGCAGGACGUCUACCACGUGGUCACGCUUAAGAUCCAGCUGCACAGUUGUCCUAAGCUGGAGGACCUGCCGCCCGAGCAAUGGAGCCACUCUACAGUAAGAAACGCCCUCAAGGAGUUACUCAAAGACAUGAAUCAGAGCUCUCUGGCUAAAGAAUGCCCUUUAUCACAGAGUAUGAUUUCCUCCAUUGUGAACAGCACUUACUAUGCAAAUGUGUCGGCGGCAAAGUGUCAGGAAUUUGGGCGCUGGUAUAAACAUUUCAAGAAGACAAAAGAUAUGAUGGGCAUGCGCCAACCCUCCCAGCUGGAGGGCUACCUGGGGACGUGUGUCCUCCGUGAGAGCCCGCGUGCCAAUGCGCUAGCGGAGAUGGACAGCCUGUCGGAUCUCUCCCCUCCUGGCUCCAACCACAACCACAACCACCUGGGUUUCUCCCAGCAGCAGCCCAUCCCUGGCAGCACCGCAGAGCAGACUCCAUCUUCACCAGUGCCGCCACUGCCGCACGCUCCACCGCACGGCGGCCAAACGGGCGGCCGGCAGCCGCAGCUCCCCGGCCUGCACCAUCCGGGGUUGGUGUCCACGCCCAUCAGCCCCCAGCUGGUGAACCAGCAGCUCGUGAUGGCGCAGAUCCUCAACCAGCAGUACGCGGUGAACCGGCUGCUGGCGCAACAGUCCUUGUCGCAGCAGUACCUCAACCACCCACCUGUAAACCGCAACUCCCACACCAAGCCAAUGGAGCCUCAGGUGGGAUCCAACACGGAGGUUUCCUCUGAGAUCUACCAGUGGGUGAGGGACGAGCUGAAGCGGGCCGGCAUCUCGCAGGCUGUCUUUGCCCGGGUGGCCUUCAACAGAACCCAGGGCUUGCUGUCCGAGAUCCUGCGUAAGGAAGAAGACCCCAAGACGGCGUCCCAGUCGCUGCUGGUCAACCUGCGCGCCAUGCAGAACUUCCUGCAGCUUCCGGAGGCCGAGCGCGACCGCAUCUAUCAGGAGGAGAGGGAGCGGAGCCUCACGGCAGCGUCCGCGAUGGGCUCCACUCCCCUCAUCAGCACACCGACCAGUCGGCCCGUUCAGCCUCGGAGGGAAGACUGCAACAGCGUGAGGCCGGAGGACUGGAAUCCCCGGAUCCCAGUGGGAAUUUCACCUGUGAGCACACAGCGUCACCCACUCACCCCGACAACUGCAACACUGCAAAAUGUAAAACCAUCGCCUCUGCCGAGCGAGUGGAACGGCAAGACCGAGAACUGCAUCUUGAACAUCACCUCCACCAUCUAUGACGAGAUCCAGCAGGAGAUGAAGCGGGCCAAAGUGUCCCAGGCCCUGUUCGCCAAGGUGGCUGCGUCCAAGAGCCAGGGUUGGCUUUGUGAGCUGCUGCGCUGGAAAGAGGAUCCGUCUCCAGAGAACCGGACGCUGUGGGAGAACCUGUCCAUGAUCCGUCGGUUCCUGAGCCUCUCGCAGGCCGAACGCGACGCCAUCUACGAGCAGGAGAGCAGCGCCGGGCAGCAGCACCACAACGAGCGGCCGCCACACCUGAUCCACGUUUCCACCGACCAGCUUCAGGCUCAGCUGCCUCAGUCUCAGCAGCAGCACCAGCCCUCGCUGUCGCUCCACCCCUCCCAGCCUCUUCUCUCCCAGCAGCCCUUGCAGCAGCAGAACAACGCCGGCCCCCGACUGCCGCCUCGACAGCCGUCCACCGCCUCCCCGGCCGAGACGGAGGACGAGGGCGGCCGCGGCAUCAAGUCCCGUGGCGGGGGGAAGAUCUCCCUGGAGGCUCUGGGCAUCCUGCAGAGCUUCAUCCAGGACGUGGGCCUUUACCCCGACGAAGAGGCCAUCCACACGCUCUCCGCCCAGCUGGACCUGCCCAAGCUCACCAUCAUCAAGUUCUUCCAGAACCAACGCUUUUACAUCAAUCACCCGGCCAAGGCACCGAAGGACAGCAACACCGCCGCCGCCGCUAACAACAACAACUGCGGCAGCACGGCGGCGAACACCAGCAGCAGCAGCAGCAGCCGCAGCAGCCCCGCCUUCGAGGAGGAGCUGACGGACUUCAGGGAGAGCGGGGAGCUGCUGAAGGAGCUGGACGAGAGCACGCAGACCACCGCCACCAUCUUCUCCAUCAAGAUGGAGGAGCACCUGGGCCGCGGCGCCGAGGUGCAGUCCGAGUCCGAGCACGAGGUCAAGUAGGACCGACGACCGUGAUGAUGGCAGCGCGCUGAACGUGAGGCGGAGCCGUGACCUCAGUCUGUACGGCGUCCGGACCAGCGAGGCGUGUCUAUGUGGAAAUAUGUGAUCACACACACUGGAAAGCCCAUUUCAGACUCCAAAAAAAACCCAGAACUACUUUUUGGAUUUUGUAAAACUUGUAAUAAUCACUGUAAAGACUGAAGCAUCAUUUUAAUAACCUGCACAAAAAGAAAAAAAAGUUAUUGUAAUUAUGUUGACGUGGAUAUUUGCUGGCUGCACUCGAUGUACAUCGUUUUACACUGACUUCUCUUUUUGAGCUACUGAUUAUAUUCCGAAAGGAAACAAAAAAAGAAACAAACAAAAAAAAGUUUCCCAGGAGUUCGAUAGGUGUUUAUGUAUGUAGUUUUUUUUAAGAAAUUGAAAUCAAGGACCAAGUGGUUGUCAAGGCCUUAAUUAUGAGGUAUCAAGUCUGGAGCCUGCUGGCGGAUAAGUUAUUCUUUUACAAAAGAGCGUAAUGUGAUUCUGGAUCACUGCAAUCACCCAGAGCCCAGGUGCAUCUCUGAGAAGAUCUCAAUCUGUACUUAUUAUCUGUUAGGGAAGAAUUAUAAAUAUAAAUAUAUAUAGACAUUAUAUUGUAACUGUAAAAAUAAAAAAAAAGUACAGUCUUAAAGAAACUAUGCCAACAAAUGCCUUGUACUAUACGGCACUGCCGAUGUUAGAUUAUUUUGCAAAACCUUCGUCACUGUAAUUUGUGAAAUGCCACACGGUUAGAAAUGUGAAUGGAUGAAAAUGUUCUGUUGUCUGACGUUAUUUAUUUGCGGUUCAUGCAGUGUUUCUGAUGUAAUUAUUACAGUUUUCAUUUUGAAACUUUGUCACUUUCCCCCCCCCCUCUUUUCUUUUUUUUUUUUUUUUAAAUAAUAAUCUCCACCAGUCUUUUUAUUCCUAUUUAUAAGUGUAACUUCACCGGGCAGUGAAAACAAAAAGUGUCUUAAACGUCUUAAACGGAGAAGCGUGCUUUAAAGGUUGCCUAUAAAGUGCUGUCCGUCAAGCUAAUCAUGCUACAAGCUUCACUAUUAUUGUUGUAUGCAAUUUUUACUAUCAUGCAAAUAAGCUUAGGUGGAACGACUAACCUGAAGCGAGCUUAGAGAGAGAGUUAAAAAGAAAAAAACAUAUGCAAUCUGUGUGAGGUCCGAUGUCUGCGACACGUCUUCCUAUGGUCAACGAUCCGAUUGGGAAAGCUCCGGCUGUGUAAAGAUCCUGUACAAAAAGUGUUUCCUUUUUUUUAAAAAGCCUUCAUUUCAACGAGAACACCGGUUAUUUUGUUACAAACCGACUGUUUUUGUAAGUGUUUCUCAGUUCGUCUCUGCAGAGAUGUUCUAACUAGAAGUGGUUAUUGAUUGUUAAUUACACGAUUAAAAGUGUUUGUAUUGUUACACAGAUUUCUUGGCAUUAACUUGACCAGACUCUUUCGCCCUCGGAGGGAGGGGUUUUUAUUUUGUCUUCUUCUCCGGAAUCAAAACACGAGACAAUGUGAAUUGUUUUUAAACACCCCGCUCAGCUGGGAACACCUGCUGUUUGUAAUAACUGUAAAUAUCACAUGGUAUGGAUCAUUGAUUGUUUAUUAUUGUAAAUAUAUUUGAAGUUUGUGUAAGAGCUCAUCGUACAAGAACUGAAUUUUCUGUUGUGCCUCUUCCUCUCAGAGCGACUGUACCUGGGCUCCUCCGAACUGCUGAGUGUAUCUGAAGCACCUGUGAAAUCUGAAAUAAAUAAAAGCGUGAGGUGUGAACACCUGGGAGUUAACAUCUAA